UUGUCACCCGUGUGAUGCAAAUUUUGUCGAACCCAUCAGUUUUUCCGCUGAUCGCUCUCGAAUUCAAGUGAAAAAUCGUUUACUAAACCAGUGUCUCGCGAUUUUGGAAGUCAUUUUCCACUGCUUUGUUGUGUACAAAGUUUUUCACACAGGACGGCCAUCAGCCACUAUUAUUUGUGAUUGUGAUCUGGAUGCAGUCAAAGCUGUGCGAAUUUAUUAUCAAAAAGUGUUAGUGUGCUGCUGACUGAUUGGUAAACAAUCACUAAACGACAAGCAGAAAAGUUGAAAAAUACUGAUAAGAUCGGGUUCCUACGCCUCGGAUAAUUUCAUAUUUCGAAAAGGUGUUACGGAGAGGUUGAACUAAUAACAAGAACACACCAUGAGCAAGCAUAUGUACUCGACGGCCAACUUAACCGAUGUGGAGCUCAAAGACCAAGGCAAUCGGAUGUUUUCCGCGAGAAAAUACGACGACGCCAUCAAUCUUUACACGAAGGCAAUAAUCAAAAACCCCACCAAUGCAACCUAUUUCACAAACCGGGCCCUCUGCCACAUCAAGAUGAAACGGUGGGAAUCGUCCUGUACGGACUGCAGGCGAGCGCUGGACAUGGACCCGAACCUGGUCAAGGGACAUUUCUUCCUCGGUCUCAGCCUCAUGGAGCUGGAAUCGUACGACGAAGCGAUCAAGCAUCUGAUGCGGGCACACGACCUGGCCCGGGAACAAAAGCUCAACUUUGGGGAUGACAUCGCGUCACAGUUGCGGCUGGCGCGGAAAAAACGCUGGAACAUCCAGGAGGAAAAACGGAUCUGCCAGGAGAUCGAACUGCAGUCCUAUCUGAAUCGGCUAAUCAACGAAGAUAUGGAAAACCGAUUGGCUAAACUCAAAAUAGAUGACACAUUGAAUGAAGACGCUCUAAGGGACAAAUCAAUGGAAAUCGAGCGUGAAUGUGAAAACCACACAACCGAGCUGAAUAAUAUUUUCGCAAAAGUUGAUGACAAACGAAGGAAACGAGAAGUACCCGAUUACUUGUGCGGCAAGAUAAGCUUCGAACUGCUGGUAGAUCCCGUCAUCACCCCGUCCGGAAUGACGUACGAGCGCAAGGACAUUGAGGAGCACUUGCAGCGGGUGGGACACUUCGAUCCGGUGACCCGGGUCAAACUGACGCAGGACCAACUCAUAGCGAACUACUCUAUGAAGGAGGUGGUCGAUGCGUUCCUCGCAGAGAACGAGUGGGCGCUAGAUUAUUAAGGUAAAACAAAUCUACUACAAUUCUUCAUAUGGAUGAUACACCUGGAUCCUAUAACGAUCCGUGAAUGCUUUGGGAUGGAAUUUUGUGGCAUGUUUCCCAUGUGUGCUGGAAUUUUUCUUCGAUUUUCUGUCCCCCAGUGCGGAUGGUUUCAAACUAUUACUACUUUACUUCAUUAUUACAAUUUUUAUCGAUUUCUCGGUUACAUAAAUAAAUAUUACAAUGUUAUCGGUAACUAAGAGUUUGGCCAAAUGCAAUGUUUGCUAUGAAGAGCUUGUUACUCAAUGAAAUUAUUCUCAACUUAUCCAAAUUAUGAAUAUAGAUGUGAACUGUGGCAUAUUUUUCCUGGUGAUAACAGUUUUGAAUGAUAAUGUUCAUAUAAAGCUUGUUUAGUGAAAUUUCCGUGCCAGCCUAUAAAACGACUUCGUACUAUUCUAUUGAAUUUGACUACUUUCGAGGCUUUCGACUGCGAGGCCAUUUCCCGUGUCUCGUACACGUAUCUGUCAUGAUAUCACAACAGUAGUUGAAUUAAAUAGGAUAUUACGAACUCAUCUUGUAGACUUGUAGUUCUGUAUGCUCAAAGCAAAAUUUUUCACCACCCUUUUCAGCAGCAAAACAGUUCAGCCAGCGUAAUAUCGUUGAGUUGCUGUGUUAUAACAUUGUUGAAUAAUUUGACAAAAUUGCUAACAAAAAUAUCUGCGAGCUAGAUAAAUUGACUGGCAAACAUAUAUCAAAAGAACACUUGGUGAUUUUUAGUUUUAAGUUGUGUAAAUUGAAACCUAUCGUAAGUAAUUUAGCAAAUAAAAUAUGUUCAUUUCGAA